AUGCCUAAAGCGGCACAUCAGGAAGAUAUCGUGAUCGUCGGGGCAGGGUGUAACUUCUCGGCCAUAUCCGGUCGUGACAAAAACGCGCUGCGCUGGGACAAGCUGGGGUAUGCUCAUCUGCUCAAGCUAGCAUCACAGGAAGGUGCCAAGUCCUUUGUUCGACGCACUCCGUCGAUCGAAUACUGGGAUGACGAGGUCCCACACGAGAAGAUCCAGGACAUGGCGGAGUACCUUGAGGAUUUUCGAGUAAUUCCCAAGGAUCAGUUGCCCUCCGGCGUUAAAUUUGGAGUCUCCUUCACAACUCUGACCGUCAAUGCCCCAUGCCAUCUGGAAUACCUUUAUCAGGUACUUUUGCAAUAUGGCGUCCGGUUCUUACGAAAGAAGAUCUCGGCUAUCGGGGAUGCCUUUGCAAACCCCAAGACCAAAGUUGUUUUCAACUGCAUCGGCAACGCCGCAAGACAUCUAACGGGCGUGGAAGACACAGAAUGCUAUCCCACAAGAGGUCAGGUGUUGCUGGCCCGGGCUCCCAAUGUGCGAACCAAUAUGAUGAGACACGGGAGAGACUAUGAGACAUACAUCAUCCCCAGGCCUGAGUCAAACGGAAACGUCAUCCUCGGAGGCUAUAUGCAGAAGGGCAAUGGUGACAGCGCAACCUAUUCACACGAAACGGAGUCUAUCAAGAAGAGAACCCGAGCUCUGAGCCCCGAGUUAUCUGCCAAGAACUUCGAGAUACUGGCAGCCGUAGCUGGCCUACGACCAUCACGGAAUGGUGGCGCCCGUAUCGAGCGCACAACUGUCAAUGUCAACGGAGAGCCUCGUGCUGCGGUCCACAAUUACGGUACGGGGGGCACGGGCUUCCAAGCAGGCUACGGCAUGGCUAUCGAAGCAGUUGCAACGGUAGAUGAUAUCCUUCAAAAGUGGAGCGCGGAACCUAUUACUGCGAAGAUAUAG